UUGAGGUUAAUCAUAACAUAACCCUAAAAUUAAGAAGAAGGAAAUUCAAAUUUUCCACCAAAAAUGUUACUGCGAAAGAUAUAUUCAAGAACAAAGCAUUUCACCCGUUCUUAUUACACGGUCAACAGCAGGAUCAAUGGAAAAGACGAGAAUUUCGUCGCCAAACAGCUGUAUAACAAAAUAAAAGCUACCGGACCGAUUCCUGUUGCAGAUUAUAUGAGAGAAAUCCUCGUUAAUCCCAUCGGGGGUUACUACAUGCAUAAAGAUGUCUUUGGAAGCAGCGGGGACUUCAUAACGUCCCCCGAGUUAAGCCAAAUGUUUGGAGAGAUGGUGGCUGUGUGGUGCUUAAACGAAUGGUCUAAAAUUGGUUGUCCCAAACCGUUUCAAAUAGUCGAGUUGGGGCCUGGAAAGGGUAGUCUAUCCGAGGAUAUCCUGAGAGUAUUUGGUCAGUUCAAGAGCCUCAGCAGCUGUAGUUUAUCAUUGGUAGAAGUAAGCCCUUACUUGAGUAAGCUACAAGGUCAGAGAUUGUGCUUACAAUCGAACAAUGUCUCCAUCCCCUCAUCGCCUUUUUAUAAAGAAGGUAUAGCUCAAGAAGGGGUUCAAGUUAAGUGGUAUAAAAGGUUGGAAGAUGUCCCUGAUAUUUUCUCAAUCGUCAUAGCCCAUGAGUUUUUCGAUGCAUUACCUAUUCAUAAAUUUCAGAAAACUGAGAAUGGUUACAGGGAAGUUUUGAUUGAUAUUGACCAAGAAGAGGGAAAGUUCAGAUACGUUAUUUCAUGUAAUGAAACUCCAGCCCUAAAAACUUGCUUGAAACCAUCAGAGACACGAGAGCAUUUAGAGGUUUCUCUGGAAAGUUUAUUGACAAUAAAAACAGUGGCGAACAAACUAGAAUCUUUUGGGGGGUUGGCUUUGAUUGCUGAUUAUGGCCAUGGGGGCGAAGGCACUGAUACUUUUCGAGCUUUCAAACAACAUAAACUGCAUGAUCCCUUAGUACAGCCUGGUACUGCAGAUCUCACAGCGGAUGUCGAUUUUGGUCGAUUAAAAGAGGCUGCUCUAGAGGGGGACAAGGUUAUAGCUUUUGGCCCUGUGACCCAGAAAGAUUUUCUCAACAGAAUGGGCAUAGAACAUAGAUACAGAGCGCUGGAAAAUAUUGCGUCAAAAGAACAAAUGGAGGCUCUUCGUAUGAGUUAUAAAAUGAUGAUGGAUGAGGAUCAGAUGGGAAAAAGAUUUAAAUUUAUGUGUCUAGUUCCUGCAGUACUCGAAAAAAUAGUUGGAAAAUAUCCUGUGGUCGGUUUUAGCUGAGAAUAAACAAAGUUUUGUUUUAA